AUGGUUACUCCUCUCAAACAGCCCAUCGUGUUCGAGCUGGAGGGCUUCUACGUACCACGAGGCUACGGCGCCUUCUUGUUCUUUCUGGCUCUGUUUCACUACAUGGUAAUGCUGUUAGCAAACGGCGUGGUGCUGUGCGUCAUUGUCAUGGACAAGAGUCUGCACAGACCCAUGUUCGUAAUGGUUUGUAACCUGGUAGUCUGCGAUUUCCUGGGGGCUACGGCGGUGCUGCCUCGUCUCACGAUGCACUUCUUGACGGGCCAGAAGAAGAUUGCUUACAUCCCAGCCAUCGCCCAGGCCUUCUCUGUGCACACGUACGGCGUCGCAGUGCAGACAAUUCUGGGUGUGAUGGCCUAUGACAGGUACAUUGCUGUGUGUGAACCGCUCCGGUAUCACGCCAUCAUGACAUCGGCGCGGCUGUACUGCUGCUGCGCCCUGGCCUGGGUUGUCGCUCUGCUGUGUAUUGCUGUGCUCUUCGCCUUCCACAUGAAUACUCCGCUGUGUGGCAACACCAUCAAACACAAUGAGGUGGAAGGUUUACAUGAAACUGAUGGAAUAAUUGUAUUUUUCUUUCUUUUUUUUCUAGGUUUGUCCAUGACCUGGUCUGUGUCUACAAGUAUCUUCCUCAUCAUCGCUUUUUCCUACUUCAGAAUCCUGCAUGCUUCUGUAAAACAAGGCAGAGCCGACAACGCUGUCCGCAGCAAGGCCUUUCAGACGUGUGCACCGCACCUUGUUGUGUAUGUGCUCUACGAAAUAGCUUCAGUGGUCAUAAUUGUGAGUCACAGGUUCCCUUCACUCUCACAGAAUAUCAAGAAGUUCUUUAGCCUCCUGUUCAUCAUCAUGCCACCAGCCAUCAACCCCAUAAUCUACGGACUGGUCAGUAAAGAGUUACGUGAUAGCAUCAUCAAGCAUUUUAACAAUUUACAAGUUUUCCACCAAAAAAUGAGAGGGGCUUAACUUCUUCAGGUUAUUGUAUUCCGGAUCAUUUCUGAAACUUUAAAAUAGUUUUUAAGCCUGU